UUGGUAAAGAAAAAGAGGGUUAAAAGGCACGCAGCGGCCUUUCAGAGGAAGUGGGGGCCUACAGACAAAGGGGGAAAGUUGAAAGAGGGCCAAGGAAGCGGCAAGCAGGGAGAGGUCACCUCCCUGGGACGGCGUGGGACAUGCCCUGGGAGCAAGGGGCCAGAACACCCUCGGGCCCCACUCCCAGGCCCCUGGGGUUGCACAGGGUGUCCUUGUGCACCCAGAGUGAAGGCCCCUCACUCCAGAUGGACUAGGGAGCCAAGGAUGCUGCCUGGGACUUGCAGCCUCAUCUGAACAGGGCAGCCCAGAAAGGAGAAAAGCAUAAGAUCCGCCUCUUCGAGCCUCCAGCAUCUCCCACACUGCCAGAAUACAGUGCAGGCUGUAGUCUGCACUCCAAGAAGCUUUUGUCCUGUAGGACCACAGGGGCAGGAAUGUGAGGGUGGCCUGGGCCAACGGUGUCCCUUGGAGCAACAUCAGCAAGGGCCUCAGGAGCAGUCACUCUGUGGGAUCCUGCAGCCCAAGCGCUGUGGCAGCAAGGAGGUGUCAAGGCUGCACAUCAGGUGACACUGGGCUCCCCCAGCCAUCCACCAUGGUGGUGGCACACCCCACUGCCACUGCCACUGCCACACCCACUGCAACUGUCACAGCCACUGUCAUGAUGACCACGGCCACCAUGGACCUACGGGACUGGCUGUUUCUCUGCUAUGGGCUCAUUGCUUUCCUGACAGAGGUCAUUGACAGCACCACAUGCCCCUCUGUGUGCCGCUGUGACAAUGGCUUCAUCUACUGCAAUGACCGGGGGCUCACCUCCAUUCCCUCAGACAUCCCUGAUGAUGCCACGACCCUCUACCUGCAGAACAACCAAAUCAACAAUGCCGGCAUCCCCCAAGACCUCAAGACCAAGGUCAAUGUGCAGGUCAUCUACCUGUAUGAGAACGACCUGGAUGAGUUCCCCAUCAACUUGCCACGCUCCCUGCGGGAGCUGCACCUUCAGGACAACAAUGUACGCACCAUCGCCAGGGACUCGCUGGCCCGCAUCCCAUUGCUGGAGAAGCUGCACCUGGAUGACAACUCCGUGUCCACUGUGAGCAUCGAAGAGGAUGCCUUUGCCGACAGCAAACAGCUCAAGCUGCUCUUCCUGAGCCGCAACCACCUGAGCAGCAUCCCCCCAGGGCUGCCGCACACACUGGAGGAGCUGCGGCUGGAUGACAAUCGCAUUUCCACCAUCCCCCUGCAUGCCUUCAAGGGACUGCACAGCCUGCGGCGCCUAGUGCUGGAUGGCAAUCUGCUGGCCAACCAGCGCAUUGCUGAUGACACCUUCAGCCGCCUGCAGAAUCUCACAGAGCUCUCGCUGGUACGCAACUCUCUGGCCGCCCCACCCCUCAACCUGCCCAAUGCCCACCUACAGAAGCUGUACCUGCAAGACAAUGUCAUCAGCCACAUCCCUUAUAACACACUGGCCAAGAUGCGUGAGCUGGAGCGCUUGGAUCUGUCCAACAACAACCUCACCACUCUGCCCCGUGGCCUAUUUGACGACCUGGGCAACCUGGCACAGCUGCUGCUCAGGAACAACCCCUGGUUCUGCGGCUGCAACCUCAUGUGGCUGCGGGACUGGGUGAAGGCCCGGGCAGCUGUGGUUAAUGUGCGCGGCCUUAUGUGCCAGGGCCCUGAGAAGGUCCGAGGUAUGGCCAUCAAGGACAUCACCAGCGAGAUGGAUGAAUGCUUUGAGACAGGGUCGCAGGGUGGUGCAGCCAAUGCAGCUGCUAAGACCACAGCCAGCAACCACGCCUCAGCCACCACGCCCCAGGGCUCACUGUUCACCCUCAAAGCCAAGAGACCUGGGCUGCGCCUCCCUGACUCCAACAUUGACUACCCCAUGGCCACAGGCGAUGGCGCCAAGACCCUGGUCAUCCAAGUGAAGCCCCUGACAGCAGAUUCCAUUCGCAUCACAUGGAAGGCAACGCUCCCUGCCUCUUCCUUCCGGCUCAGCUGGCUACGCCUGGGCCACAGCCCUGCAGUGGGCUCCAUCACAGAGACCCUGGUUCAGGGGGACAAGACAGAGUACCUGCUCACCGCCCUGGAACCCAAGUCCACCUACAUCAUCUGCAUGGUCACCAUGGAGACUGGUAACACCUAUGUGGCUGAUGAGACACCUGUGUGUGCCAAGGCAGAGACGGCCGACAGCUAUGGCCCUACCACUACACUCAACCAGGAACAGAAUGCUGGUCCCAUAGUGGGACUGCCCCUGGCAGGCAUCAUUGGUGGUGCUGUGGCUCUCGUCUUCCUUUUCCUGGUCCUGGGGGCUAUCUGCUGGUAUGUACACAGAGCUGGUGAGCUGCUGACCCAGGAGAGGGCCUAUAACCGGGGCAGCAGGAAAAAGGAUGAUUAUAUAGAAUCGGGGACCAAGAAAGAUAACUCUAUCCUGGAGAUCCGUGGCCCUGGGCUGCAGAUGCUGCCCAUCAACCCAUACCGCGCCAAAGAGGAGUAUGUGGUCCACACCAUCUUCCCCUCCAACGGCAGCAGCCUCUGCAAAGGCACACAUACCAUCGGCUAUGGCACCACGCGGGGCUACCGGGACGGGGGCAUCCCUGACAUCGACUAUUCAUACACAUGAUGCCAGCCCACUGAACCCCAGCCCUGGCUGCCAUCAGGAGUGGUGCCCAGCUCUGCCCAGCCCACUGCCAUCCCAGAGAGCAAGGAAGAAAAACUAAUCUCGUAACUCCCCCAGCAGAAAGCAAAGUUUAGGAAAAGUUGAUGAUUUUCUAGAACAUACCAGUGGGAGGGGGAAAAAAACCACACAUUUUUAAAUGUUUUAAAAGGAAAGGGAAUCUGACAUUGUUGGAGACAUAAUUUAUCCCAAAUUAUGCCAACUGGGGAGGGAAGAACAAAAAUAAUACCGAAGGAAGGGUUGGGUUGGGGAUUUUUUUUCCUGAACUGGAAAAAUACUACCUGUACAACGUUUGUGUACACCUUGCACUGUUUGGGGCUGUCACAAAAGAACCAUCAAAGAGAAGCCACUGACAUGCAGGUCCCCCUCAGCAUCCUGCUACCAGCUGCUCACAGGCAACAAUGCUAUGGAAGAUUUUCAGGCACCUCACAAAAGGAGAAGGGCAAAGAAAAGAUCUUUUGCUCUGGAGAUAUUGUCCUGAAAUCUCUUCCCUCGUUCUUUCCAUGCCAUUUCCCUGACAGAUUUGCAGAAAGAGAAAGUCUUUCUUUCACUGCAGUCUUGGAACAAUUAAUAUAGUCAAUUAAAAA